AAGCCCGGAAGAGGCGCGGACCGGGAAAGGAGCUGUGCUCAGCAGCUCCUACACCUCUGUGUCUAUGGCGCUGUGGCGCGGCUCCGCGUACGCCGGCUUCCUGGCGCUAGCGGUGGGCUGCGUUUUCCUGCUGGAGCCGCAGCUGCCGGGGUCGGCGCUGCGCUCGCUGUGGAGCUCGCUGCAGCUGGGGCCUGCGCCCGCGCCCCCAGGACCCGGCUCCCCUGAGGGUCGGUUGGCUGCUGCCUGGGACGCGCUCAUCGUGCGGCCGGCCCGGCGUUGGCGCCGCGUGGCCGUAGGAGUCAAUGCAUGUGUGGAUGUAGUGCUGUCAGGGGUGAAGCUCUUGCAGGCACUUGGCCUGAAUCCUGGGAAUGGGAAAGAUCACACUGAGCUGCGUUCGAGGAAUGAUCUAAAAGAAGCCUUCAUUCACUUCAUGGGGAAGGGAGCAGCUGCUGAACGCUUCUUCAGUGAUAAGGAAACUUUCCAUAACAUCGCGCAGAUUGCAUCAGAGUUCCCAGGAGCCCAGCACUAUGUAGGAGGAAAUGCAGCUUUAAUUGGACAGAAAUUUGCAGCCAACUCAGAUUUAAAGGUUCUUCUUUGUGGUCCGGUUGGUCCAAAGCUGCAUGAACUUCUUGAUGACAAUGUAUUUGUUCCACCAGAGUCACUGCAGGAAGUGGAUGAGUUCCACCUCAUUUUAGAGUAUCAGGCAGGGGAGGAGUGGGGCCAGUUAAAAGCUCCCCAUGCCAACCGAUUCAUCUUCUCCCACGACCUCUCCAACGGGGCCAUGAAUAUGCUGGAGGUGUUUGUGUCUAGCCUGGAGGAGUUUCAGCCAGACCUGGUGGUCCUCUCUGGAUUGCACAUGAUGGAGGGACAAAGCAAGGAGUUCCAGAGGAAGAGACUCUUGGAGGUCAUGACCGCCAUUUCUGACAUCCCCACGGGUAUUCCAGUUCACCUGGAGCUGGCCAGCAUGACCAACAGGGAGCUCAUGAGCAGCAUUGUGCAUCAGCAGGUCUUUUCUGCCGUGACUUCCCUUGGGCUGAAUGAACAGGAGCUGUUAUUUCUCAGCCAGUCGGCAUCUGGACCUCACUCUUCCCUCUCUUCCUGGACCGGUGUUCCUGAUGUGGGCAUGGUCAGCGACAUCCUCUUUUGGAUCUUGAAGGAACAUGGGAAGAGUGAAAGCAGAGCCUCAGACCUCACCAGGAUCCACUUCCACACGCUGGCCUACCACAUCCUGGCAACUGUGGACGGACACUGGGCCAACCAGCUGGCGGCCGUGGCUGCAGGAGCUCGCGUGGCCGGGACACAGGCCUGCGCGACAGAAACCAUAGACACCCGCCGAGUGUCUCUGAAGGCGCCCCGUGAGUUCAUGACCUCCCGUUCGGCGGAUGGCUCCAGGGUCAUGUUAAACCCAAACGAGCCAGUGGUCGAAUGGCACAGGGAGGGAGUGUCCUUCCACUUCACACCAGUGUUGGUGUGUAAAGAUCCUGUUCGAACUGUGGGCCUCGGAGAUGCCAUUUCAGCCGAAGGACUCUUCUAUUCAGAAGUACACCCUCACUAGUAGGAAGAUUGUUGUGGGUCAUUUUUCUGAAGGAGGAAAACUAGCCAACCUAAGAAUGACAGGAUUUAAGUGGUUUGGGAAACAGGAUUGAGAGUGUCAAAACCGUUUCUAGAUCUAGUUGGAAGACAGCCAAAGAAACAACAGCAGAUUAAACUGUACCAGAUACAUUCCAGCCAGUUGACGAUUACACAGAAACAUUUCAGGUUUUAAUCAAAAUUCAGCUAUUUACUAACAAGACUGGAUUUUUCUUGUUUUUUGUUGUUUUUUUUUUAUGUUGUGUGUUACAGGGGUGAAAACUUGAUUCCCAGAUCCCCUCUUCAAGUGUUUUAGGCCUGACUUCUUUACCCUCGAGAGCAUGUCGGUUUGGAGAAAGCACUCCUCCUUGCCAACCUCGGGAGUGCGUGCUCCCUCACCCGCUCCCAUGUCUCUGGUAAAGUGCAGUGUGAGUUCUCGCGUUCUCUCAGCUCAGCGCUCAUGGCAGGAUCAUGAUUUCCAUUCAGUGUUCUAAUGAAAAAAUUUAAUGAGCACACCUUCUCAGUCUUCUGCUCUCAAACUUAGGACAGAGCCACAAGUAAGGACAAAACAGGCCCUCCUGUGCGUCAGAGAGACAGCAGAGGCUGGGAGCCUCAUGGUUCCCUUGAGGGAGCCGGUCACUCUACAGCUGAGGAGCCUGCCUGGCCUGCAGGGUGGGGCUGUGAGCUGAAGGGCUGCGCCUUCCUGCCCUGGCUCCUUAACUGUAGGCUGGCUGGUCAGAGGCUCCUGUGCCUGGGCCCAACCUCAUCGCCCAGCUCUGGACGUGCUUUCUGCAGUAGAAGACUGAUCCAUGUUCUUUCUGAUCCUUGAAGGCAUCUUACAACUGGAAUAUGCUUCUGGGUGUAUAACAGAUCAUGUGUGUUUUACAUUGACACAUCACAUCCAUUAAAGAGUUUGACCUCAUAAGGGUUCCAGGAUCAUGAAUAAGUUUGUCAUGUUAUGUAUUUAUUUUUUAUAAAUCAAGGAGACUUCAGCGUGCUUUUAAAUAUUAAAAACAAUUUACGUUUCAGGAAUGUGAAGUCUGUUUGUGAUUGAUUUCAUUUCUACCACGACUCUGGAGCCAUAAAUCAUUUUGAUCUUGACUUGUGACUUACAUAUUCCUCUGCUCUUGAGGUGUUUGAUUAUCUUGUCUUCCCCAUCACUAGGUUAGGCAGCCCCUCACACUGAGUCUGAGCUGUAGGUCUGUCUUCUGGUUUAAAGUGACAGAAGAGGGACUUCCCUGGCAGGCCAGUGGUUAAGACUCCAUGCUUCCAAUGCAGGGGCACAGGUUUGAUCCCUGGUCUGGGAACUAAGGUCCCACAUGCUGUGCAGUGCAGCCAAGAAAAUUAAAAAAAUAAAGUGACAGAAGAUACUAGUAUCAAGUACUCGAGCCAGUAUGACCCAGCAGUUGGAAAGAGUGUGGUGAGCCUUCUCAGUACGUUCAAAGAGCAGUAUAGACACGUGUCAGCUGGUGGCAGGCCAGCUUAGGUCACAGGUAAUCAUUCACGCUGGGCUCACAGCAGCAGCUUCUGGAAUCUCAAAGCUAGCUCAAGUUCUCCAUUUAUGACCUUCCCCCCUGCCUUGCAUGAGAAGGAAAGGCUUGAUUACUCCUUCAAAGACAAGCCUAGGGAAUUAUGCAGCUUGAAAUUCAAAGCAAAUAGCUUACUAAGAAAAUCUCUGGCUGCUACCUCAUCAGUCUGCCUUGAAGCUCAAUUAAAAAUAAUUAAACCACUUCCUAGUCUAUUUUUAGAAAAGCUUAAGUGAGAAGAGAUUUCUAUUUUCCCAAGAAGAGUUAGAAUAACUCAUCACUUACGUUCUAAACCUAAGCAGCAGUGUUCUCCAUGUGACCUUUUUCUUACAGGCAGCCCCUGUCUUUAGCAUAUUCUCAACAUUUCUCCAGUUUUCACUGGUGAUGUCGAGGAAGGCGUUCAGGAGACGUGGGCAGCAUGUACCUCACAGCGGUGUUUUUCAAAAGGUAAAGAUUUUCAAACAGUGAAACUACAAAUUUUAAGUCCAUUUGGUAAGUUUUGAGAAGAGUAUAUACCUAUCUAACCCAAGUGCCUAUCCAGAUACAGAAUGCUUCCAUCGUCUCAGAUAGGUCCCUCAGGCUACUUCCAAGUUAUAUUCAGCCUCACCCUCAACCCCAGCCCCCUGAAGCACCCACUAUAAUCUUUUUCACCAUAAAUUAGUUUUGCCUGUUCUGGAACUUCAUAGAAAUGGAAUCAUACAGUAUUUAGUCCUUUUGUAUAAAGCUCUUUUCUUCAGUUUUAUUUUUUUAUGUCUCCUCACUGAUUUUUUUUAAAAUUUUUGUUGAAAUAUAGUUGAUUUACAAUGUUGUGUUUGUUUCAGGUAUACAGCAGAGUGAUACAUUCUCUUCCAUUAUAGGUUAUUACAGAAUACUGAGUAGAGUUCCCUGUGCUAUACAGUAGGUCCUUGUUGAUUAUCUAUUUUAUAUUUAGUAGUGUGUAUAUUUUAAUCCCAAACUCCUAAUUUAUCUCCCCCCUUCCCCUUUGGUAACCAUAAGUUUGUUUUCUAUGUCUGUGAGUCUUUCUGUUUUGUAAAUAAGUUUAUUUGUAUCAGUUUUUUAGAUUCCCCAUAUAAGCGGUAUCAUAUAUUUGUCUUUGUCUGGCUUGCUUCACUUAGUAUGGUAAUCUCUAGGUCCAUCCAUGUUGCUGCAAAUGGCAUUAUUUCAUUCUUUUUAAUGGCUGAGUAAUAUUCCAUUGUGCAUAUGUACCACAUCUUCAUUAUCCAUUCACCUGUCGAUGGACAUUUAGGUUGCUUCCAUAUCUUGGCUAUUGUAAAUCAUGCUGCAAUGAAUGAACACUGAGGUGCAUGUACCUUUUCGAAUUAUGGUUUUCUCUGGAUAUAUGCCCAGGAGUGGGAUUGCAGGAUCAUAUGGUAGCUCUACUUUUAGUUUUUUAAGGAACCUCCAUACUGUUCUCCAUAGUGGCUGUAUCAAUUUACUUUCCCGCCAGUAGUGCAAGAGGGUUCCCUUUUCUCCACACCCUCUCCAGCAUUUGUUAUUUGUAGACUUUUUGAUGUUGGCCAUUCUGACUGUUGUGAGGUGAUACCUCAUUGUAGUUUUGAUUUGAACUUCUCUAAUUAGCGAUGUUGAGCAUCUUUUCACAUGCCUUUUGGCCAUCUGUAUGUCUUGUUUGGAAAAAUGUCUUUUGAUCUUCUGCCCAUUUUUUGAUUGGGUUGUUUGGGGGGUUUUUUUGAUAUUGAGCUGUUAUGAGAUGUUUGUGUAUUUUGGAAAUUAACCCCUUUUCAGUUGCAUCGUUUGCAAAUACUUUCUCCCAUUCUGUAGUUUUGUCUUUUCGUUUUGUUUAUGGUUUCCUUUGCUGUGAGGAAGCUUUUAAGUUUAAUUAGGUCCCAUUUGUUUAUUUUUGUUUUUAUUUCCAUUACUCUAGGAGACAGAUCCAAAAAGAUAUUGCUGCAAUUUAUGUCAAAGAGUGCUCUGCUUAUGUUUUCCUCUAGGAGUUUUAUAGUAUCCAGUCUUACAUUUAGGUCUUUAAUCCAUUUUGAGUUUAUUUUUGUUGUGUUAGAGAAUGUUCUAAUUUCACUCUUUCACAUGUAGCUGUCCAGUUUUCCCAGCACCACUUAGCGAAGAGACUUUCUUUUCUCCAUUGUAUAUUCUUGCCUCCUUUGUGGUAGAUUAAUUGAUCAUAAGUGCAUGGGUUUAUUUCUGGGCCUUCUAUCCUGGUCCAUUGAUCUAUAUUUAUGUUUUUGUGCCAGUACCAUACUGUUUUAAUUACUGUAGCUGUAAAAACCCUUUUCGUUCAGCACAAUGUUUUUGAGAUUAUGUUGUUGCAUGUAGUUUGUUGCCUUUUGUGGCUAAAUAGUAUUCCACUGUGAAUAUGGUGUUUCCGUUUGGGGCUUUUAUGAAUAAUGUUAUCAACAAGUCUGUGUGGGCAUUUUCCUUCCUCUUGGGUAAUACAUGGGAGUAGAAUUGCUGGGAAGAAUGUGUAUCAUGAGAUAAGUGACAGACCUUUCUCCAAAGCGGAUGGCCCAUUUUACACUCCUACCAAUGAUGCAUGACAGUUCUGGUUGCUUCUUGUUCUUGCCAGUAUUUAGAGUUGUCAUUGUUUAAUUUUAGCCAUUUUGAUGUGUACACAGGGGUAUUUCAUUGUGGUUUUAUUUUGCGUUUCCUUGAUGAUGGACAAUGAGCACGUUGUCACAUGCUUACUGGCCUUUCAUGUAUCUUUGUGAGUUGUCCAAAUUUUUUGCCCAUUUUUUUUUUCAUUUGGUUUGUGUAUGUUGUUGUUUGGGUUAUUAGUUUUUAUAUUAUUGAGUUGUAGGAGUUUUUUAUAUUUUCUGGAUAUAAGUCCUUUGUCAGAUGUAUCUUGUGAAUAUAUUCUCAAUCUGUAGAUUGACUUUCAUUUUCUUCAUGGCAUAAUGGGAAGUUCUUGAUCCUGUUUUUUAAAAAUUUUUGUAAGACUGGAUUUAAUAGAAUUCACUGGUGAAAUCAUCUGAGCCAAGAGUUUGCUUAGGGUAGCAUUUGAUUUAUAGAUUCAAUUCCUUUGAUCGGACCUAUGAAGCCUUUACAUUUCAUCUUGUUUCAGUUUGGGUAUGUUGCAUUUUUCAAAGAUUUUGUAUAUUACAUCCAAGUUGUUUUAUUAUCAUAAAAUUUUUCAUAACAUUCCUUUAUCUUUUCCAUGUUGUACAGGACCUGUAACGCUAUCCCCUCUUUCAUUCCUGAUAUUGGUAAUUUGUCUCCUCUUUUUUCCCUUCAUCAGUUUAGCUAGGGAUUUGUCCAUUUUUGUGCGUGUGUGUUUUUUCUUAGAACUUUCAGCUUCUUAGAUUUUUCUUUAAUAUUUUCUGUACUUUGGGUUUAUUUUGCUUUUUUUUAGCUUAAGGUAGAAACCUUUAUCGGUGAUUUUCUACCUUUCAUUUGUUCUAAUAGAAGCAUUUAUAGCUCUAAAUUUCCUUAUAAGCACAGCUCUUAACUGAACCCUACAAAUUUUGUUUUCAUUAUUCAGUUCAAAAUAUUUUCUAAUUUCUCUUUUGAUUUCUUCCUUAUUACAAGUAUGUGUGUUUAAUUUCCAAAUAUGUAGGUUUUCUAGAUAUCAUUAUUAAUUUCUAAUACAAUUUCAUUGUGUAUAGAGAACAUAUUCUGGAAAUUUCAAUCUGUUGACUUUUGAGACUUAUUUUAUGGCCCAGUAUUUGGUCUGUCUUGCUAAAUGUAUUAUGUGCACUUGCAAAGAAUGUAUUUUCUACAGUUACUGCUUGUAGUGUUCUAUAAAUGUCAACAGAAAUUGACAAGCUGGCCAAUAUGUCCUUUUACACUUUUUGUCUAAUUCUAUCAAUCAAUUGCUGAAAGAAGAAGUGCUAACAUAUCCAACUAUGAUCGUGGAUUAAAUUCUAUCAAUUUUUACUUGAUGUACUGUGAAGUAAUGUUAGUUGUGUACAUAUUUAUGGUUUUCUAGUGAAUUGACUGUUUAUCAUUAUGAAAUGCCCCCCUUUAUUUCUGGUAACACCCCUUGUUUUGAAGCCUACUUUAUCUAACAUUAAUAUAGUACUAGGCUUUUUUAUCCUUUCUGUGUUUUUUUGUUUGUUUGUUUUGCGGUACGCGGGCCUCUCACUGCUGUGGCCUCUCCCGUUGCAGAGCACAGGCUCUGGACGCGCAGGCUCAGCGGCCAUGGCUCACGGGCCCAGCCGCUCCACGGCAUGUGGGCUCCUCCCGGACCGGGGCACGAACCCGUCCCCUGCAUCGGCAGGUGGACUCUCAACCACCACGCCACCAGUGGCUGAUAUACCACACAGCCCAAGGAUCAGCUCAGCUAAGACAAGGCUUUGUCAUGAUAGGACUGCUGCGCAGAGGUAUGUCUCAGACUUUCCUUCCACAAAAGAAGGGGUCCGCCAGCCAAGAGAAAGUCCUUUCCAACACAGAUGCAUCACAUGCCCUGCUGGCUCUUGGAACUACAUACAUAGAGCCGAAGGCUUGCUCUCAAUUCUUCGGGAACCUGUCUGGGCCAUCUUCUCGCUCGUUUCUGGCUGACGGGGCAGCAGGGGCUGCGCAGGCCUCAGCCUCCUCGUGAUCAUCGUAACACGUUCUGCGUUCCAGCUCAUGAUGCCCAGGGAACGUGCUGGCCUCCGUGCUGCCUGUCACGGGACCUUUCCUAAUCUGGAACAUCCUCGCCCAAGAAACCCCAACUCUCGGCUCAUCCUACACCUAUUUUUCUCUUAUUUGUGCUGAUGCUUCAGUUGGUUGCGCUUCCACAGUGGGCUCUGGCUCCAGAGGAAGAGAUGGUGGCUUUGUGAGCUGGGAUGUUCCUCCGACACCUAGUAACAAAACAAACAGCUUGAAUUCUCAGUUCCAUGGUUCCAGAAGAAAUCAAUAUUUUCACUGUCAAGUUUCAAGAAAAAAACCCAUAUUUUCUGAGACUAGUGGGACUGUGGCAUAUCUGGGCAGCUGUGAAGGAAGACCAUAACUGAAGAAAUAAAGCAACAGUCAAGUGUGCCUUCAGUGACCUUAUAAAAGAAAUGUUUAAUUACCUGCACCAUGCUGACUUAUAAUAAGGCAGUGAGAAUUAAAGUGAGACUACAUAACGAAAGGUGCUGCAAUGUAUUUCUAAACCUGAAUAUUGUAAAGACCCAGUGUACCGACAUCCAGCUAAGCCUGCCAGUAGCUGUUAACUUUUACACAAAUUGCCUUAAGGAAACAAGUGACAGUUCGGCCACCCUUGGGCUUUUUCCCCUUUCUAGGCAGCACUACAUUGGACGUGUCCUGAGUCUGAAAAGCACAAGCCUCAUUCCAAGCUGUAAUCUCUUUGCAGGCACAUGUGGCUUGUACCCACAGGUCUUCAUAUAGCUGUGUGUAGCUUCCUACCUGAGGGGAGCUUCCUAUACGCGGCUGCUGAAGACAUUGCCUGUCCUAGAGCUUGAUUAGAACCCAGAGGCUGCUGGAAACUGGCGGCUUUACUGGUUGAAGUGGUCCGCUGCUUUGAUUUGGGAUCUUUAACUGGUUUAGUCCAGACCAGUGCCUCCUUGACCUGGAGAGCAGCUCCCAACUUCUGGGCCAUCUCCACCAUCUUGUGCCCAAGUGGGAAGGAAAAAAAAAAGAGUCACAGGGCUGACCGGCAGAGACAAGCCUCAUCCCAGGUCUUCAGCAGGCAGGUGGGGAUUAGCUGAUAUAGUGUCUGCUGUACUAGCAUUUGAGGGAGGAAACAAUUACUGCAAAGAAAUCAUUCUCAAACAGCAGAGACCACAUUGCCCUGAGUGGAUGGCAAGGGAGUUCUUUAAAGGCUCUCAAACCCAACAAUUCAAGUUUGGUGCAUUGAUGGACUAAAUUCCUGCCUUUCCUAUGUGAGGAGAAUGGGAGGAAGCUACAAAGAGACAUAAUACAACUCAUUUGAGCUGAGGUCUAUCAAUAAUAGAUAUAACUCAGUAAGCCUGAAUUUCCUCUUACUAUUUUCGUCCAGGAAAGUUUCUUCUCAAGCUGUUCUUAAUUGAAGAAUUCAUGCCACUAGGAAUGUCUAAGCCAAAACAGGCAUGAGCCUAUGUAACACCUUAUAUUUGGGUUAUUUGGGCUUGACUCAAAAGUCUCGUGACAGCUUGCUUAUGACUCCUAGGAGCUAAGGCUUACCUCCGGGUCAAAUUCCAGGGAGCUGCUGUCUUUGAGUAGGUUGACUUUCUUCUCCAUCUCCUGGUACUGGGCCAGGGCGCUCCUCUCCUCUCCCUGGUUGUACAGCAGCACAGCAUAGUUCAGGUUUACCAAAGGGUUACACCUGUGCAAACAGACAGCGAUUCUUAUGGAGCUGGGGCUUUGCAACACAUGGUCACUUAGAGAUCCUUCUCACCGCACAAAAAUAAAACUGGGUAAGUACAGACAGCUCCACUCCACAGCAAGGUGGGGCACACACGUGUUGUGUGGACCUUUGGAGAAGAAUCAGGGAAUUAACUUCCCAACCAGCAAAGCAGGUACUGGGACCAAGCCUGACAUCUCAGCCCUCAAAAGAGACGAAAAACAGGUCCCUACCCUGCUGCCUAACAGAGGCCAGUGGAAUAAAUCCCAGGAGAGUCAAGUUUAUCUUAAACUGAGCCCAGAGUCCCAUGUGACAUUCCAGCGAGCCCACAGCUAUCAACAGCCCAAGCCCACUGCCAGCUCUUUCUCUGGCCUCCUGACUACUAAGGGCUGGAAACGUUUUCUCAGAAAGAGUCAGCGUCGGGUCCUGCCGAGCGACUCUGUGCUCAGAGCCACGUCCUGCAGCACAGAGGCCCGCUGUGCACAGAGGCCCGGGGAGCGAGCAGCUGGGCUGGCUCGGCAACGCCGGGGCCGUGGCGCCACCUCGCGGCUCUGCAACACCCAGCUCUCCCAGCGGCGUUCCCGACAGGGCGGCUUACUUAUCCAGGCGGACUGCUUCUGUGUAGGCUCUCCUGGCAUUCUCUGUGUCUUCCAGAUUGGUCAGAGCCACUGCAACGAAGAAAGUGAGUGCAGUGGCUGAAGAGCCCAGCGGAGAAAACACAGGCUAUGUUUCAAGACGGCAGUUCAUUCAGCCGCCAAACCUAACUAACUCCUGCUGUGCCCGCCCAGCUCCUGGCACCACCGUCUGCACGGCCACUCAGCUUGGAUUCCAGGUAUCAUCUUGUUCAACAGUCCCCUCUCCACAGUUAGUCAGUGGCCGGGUUCCAUGAAUUCCAUUUUUUACAGCUUCUUUGGUGACACUGCCCUGGUUUAGUCGUGUCAGGCCUUCCGUUUUGUUCCCCAAGGGCACUGUCCCGCCUGCCACAGCGCAGGCUGCCAGGUAUCUCGCUGACUGAGACAAAUCUGACCGCGUCACU